UUCAUGAAAUACAAUGCACCCUAUAUAAUUGGAUAUAUAGUUUCAAUUGGCUUUGCAUUUCUUGCUGGACAGCUUUAUAUAUACUCAUCCUCAGGUUAUGUUCCAUCUUUUUAUCAGAUAUUUGGUCAUUAUCCAACCUACGUCACUCUUGUUGCAGUUCCUACAUUUAUAUUUCAUUUAAUUUGGAUUCCAGAUUUGUCAAUUAUAUAUAUUCCUCCUAUAGACAUAAUUGGACAAAAGGAUAUUACUCUUCUACACACAUUGCUGUUGAGGACAUUUUUAUAUUUAAUUUCAUGUGGAUCAGUCAUCAUUCUUUACACUGCUAUAAAUUUGUUUCUGAGUUUUACCUGUAAAAUUUGGAUAAUGAUUAAAAGAAAUACAUUAAUGGAAAUAUCAGAAGUACGUCUUGAACUAGAAAGAAAAAUCAGAAUAGGCGUCACAAAACCACUGAUGGUUUGGUGUGCUAUGGUUGCUGCCACUUCAAUAGGACUUUCUGGUUCAAUAGGAAUUCAACUCACAUGUUUAUUCUAUCUUUAUAAGUUAGUAUGUUUCCGUAUGCGAUGCAUUGCGGAAGAAGAUCGUAGAGGUCCAAGUACUUCGACAACUGUGUGGUACUUCCACUUCACCAUCUUCUUUCUUCUACUACUCUUCUUGGGCCUCACUUUCCCAAGUUUUGUAAUGUGGUUAAAAAGUAACCAGUUUACUCUCAGAACUCCUAAUGACAUAAACGGACUUCAGUGCAUUAUAGUAAUAGUGACUUCUCACUAUUUCUGGGAGUUACCCACGCCUUGUUUCUAUAGGAGUCAUUAUACUUCUUCUUCACAUAUAAUGCAUUUCUUAGCUGUCAUUUCAACUAUGUAUGGCAUCAGUUCACUUUACAGAUUAACUUAUUAUAUAGCAAUUGGUUUCUUGAGCCUGGCUGUGUGUCAAACAUUGUCCUACAUUAAUGGUUUAUCUCAUUUAGCUUAGUUUUAUUAAUUGGUUGUAUAGUUUUUUUUUUUUCAAUUAUUUUAGAUAAAAAAAAAACAUGCUGGGACAGCAAGAAUGAAAUCACUUGCAGGGUUCCCACAAUUCUUAGAGAAUACCUUUAGGUACUUUUUUAACUUGCCAUUUCUGAAAGCUUUUAGAAAUAUUUAUCAUUCAGAAGUCCUUAAAAAUGCUUGUUUUUAUUUAUUUAUUUAUUUUGAACCACGAAAUAUUUUGUUCCAGAUUUCUUUUUUACUACUGAUCAAAUAAGCUUACAUGCAAGAGAAAAAUGGUGAUGAAUUGAAUGUGAUUCUACUAGUAAUUUAACUAUUGCUUUGUGAUUUAAAAAAUAUGGCUCUACAAAAAUAGAUAUAAACUGAUGGAUUUAAUAAAAAAUUAACCUAAUACUCUUUUUUUUUUACAAGUAUUAUUUUUGUGAGUUUAAUUAAAUCUUAAAGGUAUAGCACUUGGUUGUAAUAUUUUACACUUAGUCUUUAUAAUAUCUUAUAGUGUCUCAGAAAAUUCUUUGAAGGUUUUUAGUUUGGAAGGUAGAGGAGUGGGAACCUUGUCAUGCUGUAUUCCAUAUAUUUUGAAGUAUGCCAAAAAGAAUGAGUUUGCUUGGUGGUGUGUGUUCUUAAAAAUAAACCUCAAAAAGAGCUAAAUGAUCAAUCAAAACCAGCAAGUAAUAAAAUUUUGAAAUAGAACUAACCCAUUUUAAACUAUUCUAAGGUAUGGUAUAGAUGAAUUUGUUGUUAUCUAGAGCAGUGUUCCCCAAUCUUUCAUAAUUUUACUGCGACCUGCUAGGGGGGGGGGACGUUGAUUGUUUAUAUUUUAGAUUAUUUUGAUUUAUUAAUUUUAAUUUAAUUGUAUUUAAACAUGCCUUCGAAAUAAAGUACAGUUACACCAAAAAAUAAAUAUGAAGUUUUUUAACUUACUAGGACGUUAAAUCAAUGAGAAUUCUGAGCUUGUUUCUUUGCAAUGAGACGGUUCCCUCUGGGGGUAAUCGGAGACAAUGACACCCGAAGUGUGUUGCUUAUGUCCAGGAAUUCAAACUAAGAAUUUAACUAAUCAAACUAUGAACUGGGAAUUUAAAUUCAGUUUCAAUGAAAUGGGCGGCCCGGUACCAUUUGAUCCACAGACCGGGGGUGGAGAACACUGAUCUAGAGUAUUGAAAAAGAUAAAAAAUUAUCCUCUUUUUAUGGAUAGAUUGAGAAAACACUUUAACCUAUGACAUAAUUGUACCCCAGUAAAACAUUUGAUAUUAAAAAUAAAAAAUUUUAUUUAGAAGAAAAAAGUAGAAAUUUUGUCCUUUAAAAUUAUUAAAAAUUCAAACCUACUACAUUUAAAAAAAAGUAGAAAAAAAACUGUCUUUUCUGUCAAUUUGUAAAAGUUCUACAGUUCCAGUCUCAAAUAAAUAACUCACAACUUCAAUUUUCUAUGGGUUCUUUAAACUUGGCAUUUCCUACUACUUAUCUAUUUCUUGAAUAAUUAAUUUAAAAAUCAUAAUAUAAAUGUAAUUGGGCUACAUCGUUGAUUUGAUGGUUUACCCUGUAACAAAAUUUACAGGUUCAAUAUUCAGUACAAAUUUGACAAAGUGAGGUUGAGAUUAUUAUUGUAAAAAUUCGUUGUUUUUUUUUGCCAUAAAUUUUUUUUUACUCUUUUAAAUGAAUAGAUUAAAAUUUUGGAGAUGGAUUAAGUCUCUUUACAAGCAAUUAGUUUUGAAAAUUAAGAAUUUAUUCUUUAAUAUUUUUUUAUGUUCCAGUUAAUAAAAUACUAUUAUUAGGAAUUUUUGACAGUCAUCACCUUUCUUUAGCUGAUAUAGCUGCAGACCGACUGACAAAUUUGAUAAGGAUCUGAAACAAAUAGUAAUUGAGUAAGUUUCCGAAUUAAAAAUGAUUUUUCUGUUUCCUCUCUCAUGUUAUAUUUUAGGCUUGUUUUUUUUUUUUUUUUUUUUUUUUUUUUUUUUUUUUUUUUUUUUAAAUCUAAGAUGAAAAUUUGUUUUAAAGCAUUGUGAAUUUUUUUUUUUUAAAAACCUGCAGCUCUCGCUUCCAUUCUGGAAGAUUUCUGUUACUAAGGUGGUACAAAGACAAUUCCCUUAAUAAUAGAAGAGAAAAGAAUUUAAGUCAGAUUUUAAAAAAAGUUUAUUUUGUUCAAAAAAUGCUAUAGGGUUAUUUAUUACUAUUCUAAUAUGAUUGCAUUAUGUAGUGACAAAUUUUAUCAAUAGAUUAUGUUUAUAAGCACAAAAACAAGUUUUACUAAUUUUGUGUUUUAAAGGUAAAUGUAUUGAAAAUAUUCAAUCAUUUUAUUUUUAUUUACCCCUAUCUACUUUCAAUGUUUUAAAUUUAUCAUUAUUUUCAGCUUAUUAUUGCUCAUUAAAUAUUCCAAUCAAUUUGGUGUAAUGUUCUAUUUAAAAACAUGUUUAGGAAAACAAACCAGAGUCAUCAAAUUGUCGAAAUAAUGUCAGCUUAGUAAUUUUAUUAUGUUAAAAAGUUAUUUUGUAAAAAAAGGUUCUUCAUACCCCUACACUGCUUUCUUAGAGAAUCAGUAUUUUAAGCUCUUCAAUUUUCAUUUUAAUCAAUAUUUCCUGUUUUUUUUUU